AUGUCCGAACGCCGGCCUCCAUCAAUGGCGGCCCUGAAAACCGACGACCCUCUCUCCCGGCGCAUCGCCCGCUCUUUCCUCCACUUCCUUAACACCGUUGAGCCGUCGGCCGGAGUUGAUAGCGAGGCGCUUGAUGUGGCGAGGGAAUGUCUGUCGGAAGUGUUUAAGAUCGAUCAAUCUUCCAUAAGUAAGUCGAAUGUUGAGCCGUCGUUGGUAGAUAUUUUCAGCUUGCAAGAAGCGAAUGCCGAUCGUGAUGUUGAAAAUAGGGGGUUUUUUGAUGCGACCGGUUCAUAUUCAGGAAAGGAUGAUGCUGUUGUUGUUGAGGAUGGAGGUGGAACAAGGGAGGCUCAUUCGCCUGGGAAAGAUGAACUCUUUGGGAAAUUCUUUGGUGCACUUGAAAAGAUUCAUUACUUUAGAAGGAUGUCUGAUGGUACUGAUGACCAGGGCCAGCUCGAUAGGACAACACAUUUAUUUCAUAAUGCCGUGAAGGAAAUGGAAGAAACAGGAUAUCAAACAUUUGAUCAGAAUAUGCUAGCAGAGACCUUUAAAUCACAGGGUAACAAGCUCGUGCAGUCUAAACGUUACGAUGAAGCAGUUGAGCUGUAUACUUUUGCUGUUGCUCUAUGUGAAGACAAUGCGGUUUACUAUUGCAACAGAGCGGCUGCAUAUACACAGCUCCUUAGAUAUGAUGAAGCUAUUCAAGAUUGUCUGAAGUCCAUAGAGAUCAAUCCACAUUACGGCAAGGCUUAUAGUCGCUUGGGAUUUGUUUAUUACUCUCAAGGAAGGUAUAGGGAUGCAAUUGAUGAAUAUAUGAAAGCCCAUGUGCUGGAUCCUAAUAAUACAUCGAUAAAGGCGAAUGUUCGGGCUGCUGUACAAAAACUGAAUGAAGACGGUCAGCCUCAAUUUCCAUACAUGCCCUUCAACAUUGGUGGCGGUGGUCCUCAAGACUUCACGGACUUGUUCCAGAACUUUGUCCCUCAAGACUUUCAGGGUGGGCCCCCCACAGAUAACAACGAGCCUGGAAUAAGAAUGGAUGGAAGCGUAAAUUUCAACAUCAACCAAUUGCCAGAGGAGUUAUCCGGUGCUUUUAGGUCCAUGAUGGGGGGGAUGUUCCCUGGUGGGGCACCACCACCACCACCACCACCACCACCACCACCACCACACGAUGGUAGUCAGCAAGAUAACAAUCACCAUGGAAGGCCGGCUUCAAGUUGA